UCUACCCUCUCUCGCACACACAUACACACACACACACACACACACACACACACUCCAGAAGAGAGAGCGAGCGCUCUGCUGCCCUGCUAUCCCGGCAGACCCUCUUAUAGGGGAGGUUGGGGGCUCAUUUUCUCCUCGUCCAUGCGUUUGAAGAUACACACACACUCCAGGCUGUGUGAAGAGGAGGAAGUGAUUGGCAUGUGGAGCAAACACGCACGCACACUCGCCAGCGCGCGCACUCGCUCUGAUUUGGGAACAAACACGGAUGCUGUCGUCGUGUGACUUAUGGACAGAGAGGAGGAGGUGACAGUGAGCGUGCGAGAACACACAACACACACGCACACACGCAGACAGGCAGAUGAGGACGGAGCAGGAGCCACGCGACAGCCCUUGGUGUGUGGUAGACUGAUCCCUCCUGAGUGAGGUGGUGGGGUGCUCAUGGCUGCCGCACAGGGCCUGGGCUGGCUGGGCUUGAGCCUGGCUCUGCUGGCCCUCAGCGCGGUGUGCCAGAGCUGCCCGCCACGCUGCGACUGUGUGGCUCAGCUGCGCUCUGUGUCCUGCCAGCGCAAGCGCCUGUCCGGCGUGCCCGAGGGCAUCCCCACGGAGACAAGGCUGCUGGACCUCAGUCGGAACCGGCUGCGCUGGGUGUCGCCGGGAGACCUGGCGCCGUACCCACGGCUGGAGGAAGUAGACCUGAGCGAGAACCUCAUCUCUACACUGGAGCCCAAUGCCUUUGCCAGUCUUCAGGCCCUGCGCACGCUGCGUCUCCGUGGGAAUCAGCUGAAGCUGGUGCCCAUGGGUGCCUUCGCUCGCCUAUCGAACCUCACCACCCUAGAUCUGAGCGAGAACAAGAUUGUCAUCCUACUGGACUACACUUUUCAGGAUUUGCGCAGCCUCAAACACCUGGAGGUUGGUGACAAUGACUUGGUCUACAUCUCCCACAAGGCUUUUACAGGGUUGCUGGGUCUAGAGGACCUGACGAUAGAAAGAUGCAACUUGACUUCCAUCUCUGGCCAAACACUGUCCUACUUACGCAACCUGGUCACCCUUCGACUACGUCACCUUAGCAUCUCCUCCCUUGAGGACCAAAAUUUCCGUAAGCUAUCUGCUCUCAGGGGACUAGAGAUUGACAACUGGCCAUACCUGGAGUACAUCUCCCCACUUUGCUUCCAAGGCCUAAACUUGUCUUGGCUGUCCAUCACUUACACCAACAUCACUGCUGUUCCUUCUGCUUCUUUCCGCAACCUUGCUUACCUGACAUCUCUUAAUCUGUCCUACAAUCCUAUAUCUGUGCUGGAACCAUGGGCAUUCAAGGAUCUGAUAAGGCUGAAAGAGCUGCACAUGGUCAGCACUAACCUGCAGACUGUGGAGCCUCAUGCGCUGGGUGGUCUGAGACAGAUCCGAGUGCUCAACCUGUCCAACAAUGAGCUGAUCACUCUGGAGGAGCGCUCCUUCCAUUCCGUCAACAGCCUUGAGACUUUGCGAGUUGAUGGGAACCCUCUUUCUUGUGAUUGUCGGCUUCUCUGGAUCCUGCAACGCAGACGUACCCUGAACUUCGAUGGCAAGAUGCCUGUGUGUGCUGGGCCACCUGAAGUACAGGGCAACAUGCUGAGUAGUUUCACGGAUUCAGCACUGUUUGAUUACUUUACCUGUCAGAAGCCCAAGAUACGUAACCGAAAGCUUCAGCAAGUGACGGCACGUGAGGGCCAGUCAGUAUCCUUCUUGUGCCGUGCUGAGGGUGAACCAGCACCUGCCAUCAUCUGGAUUUCACCGCAGCGGAGAAGAAUCACUUCAAAAAGCAGUGGCAGGAUCACAGUCCUGCCAGGCGGAACUCUGGAGAUCCGUUACGCCCAGGUGACCGACAGCGGCACAUACAUCUGCAUUGCCAGCAACGCAGGUGGCAACGACACCUACUUCGCAACACUGACGGUGAAAGGACAGCCACUGGACUCGGCACUGUUUGCCAACCGCUCACUGUAUGCGGUGGACUUUAACGACACGGGUCUGAACAGCACACGUGUCUUCCUUAAGUUCACUCUGGACCUCACCACCAUCUUGGUGUCCACAGCCAUGGGCUGCAUCACCUUCCUGGGUGUGGUGCUCUUCUGUUUCCUGCUGUUGUUCGUGUGGAGCCGCGGAAGGGGCCAACGCAAGAACAACUUCACAGUGGAGUACUCCUUCAGGAAGACGGAGGGCCCCACUACUAGUGGGACCUCCGGAGGGACCCGCAAGUUUAACAUGAAGAUGAUAUGAAACAACGCAGCCAGGGGCCCCCUGGGGGAGGCAUGAACACCCAACACAAACACACAGCGCUGACUCGCAGAACCACACGCAGCAGAAACAAAACAUCAAGAAGAUCCUAGGUCAAGAUUUGAUCUUAGGGACUGAUGUGGUUAAGCUUACUUUGAUCUCACUGCCUUCGGAAAAGGUAUUAAUACUUUGAUUGCAGCUGAUUGUACCGUAUAUGUGGCAGUAAGUCACAUUUUAUAAAUUGUUUGGAUAUUUGGUAAUCUUUGAAUUCUAAGCUAAAUGAUAAGUUUCCUUUCCCUAAGCUUCAUUUGCUUGAGUGGUUGGUUGCCACUGUUCCACAGUUUUUAAGAUACAAUAUUCUGUUAUUGCUGAUGACAAUUUUGUGAAUGCACAAUCUGAACAGCAAUUCUGAGGAACAGGGCCACCAACUAAACAUAAAGCUGUAUUCAUAAAUUUUAAAUAUAGUAGCUUAAGAAAAAUGGCAUGCAGAUGUACUGCUUAGA